CAUGUCGAACCAAUCAGUGAGAUGAGAUCGUAUGGAACGCGAGAAAUGUGUCAUUUAUGUCGAUCUAAUGCUGGAGGGGAGGGCUAAUGCAUGUCAGAAACGAAUACAAACGUCCUAAAAGUCGUUCUCUUUAUGUUCUAAUGUAUCUUUUCAGCUAAAAAUACUGGACAAUUGAGAAGAAAUCCAAGUCACCACUCUAGAAUAAGCUUCUUGGCGGCUUGAAACUUACAAACUCCACAAGUGAAAAUCGGUUGCUACAUAUUGUGCUAGAAAUACCAUUGAAAGGAUUCCAAAUCAUUUCUGAAGAAGACAUAUACGUUUUUGCUWCAAUUCUACAAAUGUGGUUCUCUGGAUGUGUGCGUUUGUAAUAAGCAUUAAAUGUUGGUAUGAAACUCAAGACUUCGGGUUACAAAGCUGGCAAGAAUUUGUCGAUUGUGUUGUUGUGUCARAUYAAAACGUCUACUGAGUCACAAUUGCACAUUCAAGUUAAACUUUGAGGAUGGCAUUCAUAUCGACCGCUCUUCAUCGAAAGUACGGAAUUGGCUUCAGAGGUAUUUGAGUGAGGAAAAGAAGGAAAUUUUUGUGGUUUAUUCGGCAUUAGACUUGCCGCUAAUCGAUUCAAGACCAAAGAGAACAUAAACUACAACGUCUUUGAUGUCUAAAGCUCAACAAAAUGGCUCAAGACGAUUCAAAAGAUACGAAGAAACGACAUCCAACUCUGAUAAUGAACAAUCAGUAUAUGCUGAGAGAAAUAAAGGAAAAUUUAAAACAUUUACAGAGGCGAAAGCCCCCACAAAUCGGAACUCCGAGUAGCGAAGCCCGGACAACGGCGUCUGCGAGCUCAGAAAACACAGCUUCUUCUGUUAGCUUAACGCCAUCAACUUCGUCUAAAUACUCUCACCAGGCUAGACGAUUUAGUGGUAGUGGACACGCUGAAACUUUGGCUAAAAUACGGAGCAGUUUAGAGCCUUACGCCGCCUCAGAAUCUGGAUAUUCUUCUUGUUCGGAGACACCGAACGCAGAUGUAAAUAAGCAAUAUCUACACCAACUAGUUACUAUUGCCGGCUUCGAUGAGGACGCUGCAGUCCAGGCAUUGAGGGCUACGUCAAGUCGUAGUGUCCAGGCUGCAAUUGAUUUUCUAACCAGCCAAGUUCAAAGCAAGGAACGUCACUCACCGAACCAUCUCYCAGUUGUCAAUCAAAUGUAUCCUCAAAAUAAAUUAAAGUCUCCACCCUCCUACAAUGCAGCUAUUCAGAGAAAUUCAUGGAAAGGAUCYCAGGAAGCACUGAACAUACCAAAGCGCCCUGAAUCUCCAUUAACAAGAGAUGGACUAGCMCCRCGUAAUGCUUCCCCUACUCCAAGUAAUAGUUCGRCAGAAGGAGAAUGGAUGGUCAAUUCUAAGAGAGACAUCUAUACUGGACAGCAGUGGAAUGUUCCUUAUACAAUGGCUAAUAACCCACAUGGAAGACCUAUGGUGUCCAGAGUUACCUGCAUACAAGAUCCAGUACCUAAGCAGUCCGUACCAGUAGCGCCAAGGAUGUUUGUUGGAUGGAAACCUGCCACUUCUGCUCAGGCUGCAGCACCACAGUACAGUCAGCAUCAAGUGUAUWCCACUCAGGGUCUGCCAGCUCAAACACAGGUACCUCARCAACCACCACAACCACAAUUUCAAGUCACGGCACAAGUUAAUUUAAGCACCAGCACUAACAGGAAUGAAGUGUUUUCCAMUAAACCAACCAUUAGACCAAGCAAUCCUAGAUCUACUGCAAGCCCUAUGUCUUUUCAUGUCCAGGUACACACCAACUGCUCACAACCUUCUAAUCAAGCUUCACAACCAUCGCCCAAGAUGGUACCGUCCAGGCAYAUCCAGRCUAACCAUAGUAGUCGUGAGGGUUCUGGUGACUCCCAAGGUUAUAACCAACGAAAUUCACCUAUAUCAAGAAAUCUUGCCUCWAAUAUUCCRCAAAUUGGUCUGCCGCAACACAGCGACCCUUCAGUUCCUAAUUUUGUGCAGUGCUAUGAUCCAAAAGUACAACCUCCKCCWUAUGCACCKGUUGCUCAAAGAUUAUCUGGGACUUCAGAUGUUACUUCAGGGCUUGGAUGUUCAUCUCAGUCGAGUGUCUCAAGCCAGUCGUACCUUUCAUCACCACARUAYAAUGACAAAUGGAGRCACUCGUGGAAUACAGAAGCUUCUUCUAAUUCRUCCAUGGGUGAUGAACCUUUUGCAUGUUCUGUUUCUGACUCUGGACCACCCUCACCAUUCUCAGACACGUCCUCUCACAUGCCUGAAGGAAACAUGAUGGCGACAACUAUUCAGGGCUCUGGUGGUGCUGUCAUUCAAUACAAYAUUGACCCAUUCAGAAAUAGACAAGAUGCGCAUAUGAAAAGCUGUGGYGAGUCAAUGGAUCUUGACCAUCCAGAUGACAACAGUAUUUCUUCAGAGGAGGARGAAUACACCCCUCCAAARAGUAUGAAAGAUUUGAAAUGCAAGAUUAAGAACUGCACUCCAGAUGCUUAUAAAUUUUAUAUGGAACAACAUGUAGAAAAUGUCCUUMGGUCUCAAAAGCAGCGUGCACAGAGAAAAGCCCAACUAGAAGCCGAAAUGGCAAAAGUGGGACUCUCUGAAGAAGCCCAGUUACAAAUGCGUGAGAUUCUUAAGCAAAAGGAAACAAACUACAUGAGAUUAAAACGAACUAAAAUGGGUAUUAGCAUGUUUGAUAAGAUCAAGAUGAUUGGAAUYGGAGCAUUUGGAGAGGUCUGGUUGGUUCGCAAAAUUGACACUAAUCAACUGUUUGCACUAAAGAUUCUACGCAAGGCAGAUGUGCUACGUAGAAACCAGGCCGCUCAUGUAAAAGCAGAAAGAGAUCUYCUAGCUGAGGCUGAUGAUGAUUGGUUUGUAAAACUGUAUUAUUCUUUCCAAGAUGAGGAAUUUCUGUACUUUGUUAUGGACUACAUCCCUGGAGGUGACUUAAUGAGUUUGCUCAUCAAGUUUGGUAUAUUCCCUGAGGAUACUGCCAAGUUUUAUAUAGCUGAACUAGUUUUGGCCAUUGAAUCUGUACAUAAAUUAGGAUAUGGUCAUAGGGAUAUAAAACCAGACAAUAUUUUGAUAGACAAAGAUGGACAUAUCAAAUUAACUGAYUUUGGACUCUGUACUGGGUUUCGUUGGACGCAUGACUCAAAGUACUACCAAAAGACUCAUCAUUCUCGGCARGACAGUGUUGAGCCAGACGAGCGGGAAUGGGAAUGUAUGAAAGCUCACUGCCAAUGUGGGGACAUUUCUGUUGAUAAACCAUACAAUGAAAUGAAACCUCUGGAAAGACGGCACUUCAGGAAGCACAUGCGAUGCCAGGCACAUUCUCUUGUUGGUACACCAAAUUACAUUGCCCCUGAGGUGUUGCUACGGAUUGGUUACACAAAGGAUUGUGAUUGGUGGUCUGUUGGUGUGAUUCUGUACGARAUGUUGGUGGGACAACCUCCAUUCUUGGCACCAACCCCAGCAGAAACACAAAUGAAGGUGAUCAAUUGGAGCCAAACUCUCCACAUACCAAGAAUAGCUCGGCUAUCUCGGGAGGCAGAAGAUCUCAUYUACCGACUUUGUACCAGUGCAGACAGACGACUKGGAGCAGCAGGGGCAUGGGAGAUCAAACAGCACCCAUUCUUCUCCAAUGUCAACUGGGAUGUAUGCCGCAAUAAAGUUGGCGUUCAACCACCAUAUAUUCCAACAAUCAGAUACCCAACUGAUACUUCAAAUUUUGAUCCUGUUGAUCCUGACCGACUGAAGACCAGUGAUUCUGGAGAAAUCAGCCCAGACAAGCUUGUYCCAGACAAAAGUCGACGCUCUGAACAUGCAUUCUUUGAAUUCACAUUUAGACGUUUUUUCGAUGAUGCUGGGCACUCGCCGGGUUUUACRUGGAACCCAGGAGAUGACGAUGAAGGCAGCAAGGCGCCAGUGUAUGUUUAAUGUUGCGUGAUAGUUAUAUAUUGUUGUACUACCAAAAUCAAUGAACUUUACAUUUUAUAAAUUAUUAAUCAACAUAAGGAACAUUUUAUGUUUCUAAUGUUUCUAAUGAAGUGGAGUGAAGUAAUUAAACCAAUGAAAAAAGAUUUGACUAUUAAAGUGUGAAAUCCAAGGCUUAUGCCACAAUAAGUAUGGCUAUUUAUCUACAUUUSCCACUACAAAUCUUGCAGUUCUUUGAUUUUGGUAGACUUAAAAUAUCAAGUUCAUAGGGUUUUUUAAUUUACUCUAGUACAGUAAAUGACAGCAUGGUCCAGGAUUGAAGAAACCUCAUUUCAAUCAGAUUUUUUUUUAUAAUUUUCUAGAAGAUAAUACACACUUUCCGUAUGUGAAGCAGUUUCUUCUGAGGGAAAACUCAAAAGAUUGUCCCUCUCUUGGAAACUGUUUUGCAUUCCAGUUUACUGCAAUGUCUAUGUGGUGCUAAAUGAUCAAAUCUUUAUUCUCCAUAUCUCGUUAGUAGGCUUUUCAGAUAUCCGGUAAGGAGAAUAUAGGUUUUGAUCCAGUUUUUAGUGUUGUCUGUCKAUGAAAAGUGUGAUACUCUUCUAGAAUUUUAUAUGCCUCAUUUCAAAACAAGUUUACCACCAUAAACACUGUGCUUGCUGCAAUUCAAUCUCACCCAAAACACUAAUUUAUAAUACUCAAUAGAAACCAAUAUCUUUGUAAGUAAGUCAUUGCCAAGCUAUGGUUUUGUACAUGUAUAAUAUUGCAUUCACAAACUGUAAAGUUUUUAUAGAAAUAUAAGUACAAAAAGUGUAAGAAAUCCAAAGCAUUUCUAGACUAUUUUUAUCCAAAAACUAUUGUAAAUAACAAUAUCAAAGCACUAACUCAAGACUAUUUCUGUUAGGUGUACAGCAGUGUUUGAACAUUUAAGAAAUGAAAAUACUCACAGAGGACUGAGAAUAAACAAAAAUUAUCUUUAUGA